CGUCUCUUCUCCUGUAAAGUUUCAUAACUUUGUUUUCUUUAUCUUUUUCCUUAUUAUAUUCAACUCCAUCUAUAUAAAGAUCAUAUCAUGUCUAGAAGAACUCCAUCUCGUCAACCAAAGCGUACUGGUGAAAAGAAACUUGCAUCUAAACAUCACGGUUCAAGUAGCAGAUCCGCGGAGAUGGAAGCCCCAGCUGCCUUGUAUUUAGACAACCUAAAAACCAACUACCGUCUUCAGAGAUUCGACCUUUUUUAUUCUCAUCCUGACAAACAGAAUGGCAUUCUGACCAGUGAGAUCGCCGAGCAGCCAUGUGGACCAAAUGAGAUCGUGGUAACAGAAGGCCAGCUAGGGGCGGGGCUUCGUCUACCCUUAUACAACCCUCUGAACACCUUCCAGUACGAGGUUCUUGCAGGUCUUAAUCCUCAAAGGGAUUUGUGUCAACCUAAUGGAAACUUCUGGCGUAUUCUUCGAGAAUGUGAUUUUCGUAGCCAGGGUAUAGUUACGGCGCAUGAGAGGAACCAGUUCUACCCUUCCAAAUCUUAUCUGUAUACUCCUGAUAGCUUCUUGGAUAAUUACUGGUGCCAUCAUCUUAUUGGUGAGAAGUUCGAGGGCUUUGGUGUGGGUAUUUCAAGGAAUCACCGUGCUCUAAGGGGUCCUUUGCUUCUGACCGAUCUUGAUCCUCAUUCUCCGAGUAACAUCACCUUACGUAAGACUAACGAUCCAAAGUGGUUAGUGUGCCCUAUUCGGGUUGUUGGUCCAUACGUUUAUGGUUGGGACGAUGUUGGUGGUGUUCUUCCUGGGCUUCCUGAAAUGCAUGGUGCUUUGCCGGAUUACAGGCCGUGGGAGCUUAACUGGACUACUGCACCGGUGCGUGGGAAGGCUGCAGCUGGAUCGGGCCCUUCUAAUGCUCCUGAUCGUGUUACUAUGCAAGCUAUUGAUGUUGAUCUUACUUGUAUUUCUGAUGAUGAUGAUAUGGAUAAUGUUAUGAAAGGAUCCAUCUCCGAGUCCGAGACAGUUAACUCUGACGGCGAGAUUGUUGUUCCCCAGAAGAGUGGUGCCGCUAAAAAUGGUGCUUCAUCCGAUGGAGUUGCUCCAGCUGGUGGUAAAGAUGUCCGUGGUUGUUGUGAUGGAAUGGAUGCUCCAUCCGAUGGAGGUGCUCUGCGUGGUGGUGGUAAAUUUGUUUCUGUUGGUGGUGGCACUGGUGUGCCUAAUUCAUUUGCAAGUGGUUUUGCUAAUUCUUCAGUCGUUCCUUCCUCUUCUACUUCGAUAACUUUGUUUGGUAAAGUUGCUGAAGCUGCUGCUUUCUUUUGCUCGGAUGAGUUCCUUAAUAUGACCGUGGAGGACCAGGAACAUGUUUUGGACACGCAAGACGAGGCUCUUCACCGUUGGAUCGAUAUCAUGAUAUGUCUUUGCAGUUUAAUUGCCAUGGUCUAACACUCAGUUUUUUAAUUGCCAUGGUCUAACACUCAGUUUUUUAUCGUUGUGUUAGGCCCAACGCUUUUAUGGUGCAAUGCUGUCCAUGUUGCUAAAAAGCGAGACAAUACCGUUUAAGGUGAUACUGACCGUGUGCAAUCCAGUCUGAAUGCUGCUAAUCAAGAGAUUGAGAUUAUGCACCGGGAAAAUAAAGCUCUUGAAGAAGAUCGCACUCGUUUGCUAGAGGUAGAGAAGCAAGUGGUUGAGCUCAAGGAGGAAAAUGCGAUUUUAAAUGGUGAACUUUGUGGUAUUGAGGGUCAUCAUGAGGAGGAGCUAGAGAAGAGUAAGAAAUCCGCUUGAGGAAAAUGCGCUCAGGUUGCAAUCCGCUUGCGCUCAGUCACUGUAAAAAAAAUGUGGUAAGAUGAGAUUAGAUUAAGAGAAGAGAAAAAACCUGGUUUUCCGGAAUAAAAAAUCUAUUUGAUGAAUGAAUUCACCCGAGGAGUUCAUCGUACUAGACGCUUGAAGCAGGAUGAGUUCACUUUAAUGCAAUCUUUGAGGACUAUGUGUUCUCGGCUCAAAGCCAGGCUUGAGUCAGAAAAAGCAUAUAACUUGACGUCCUCUCAACGUACAAUUUGAUUUGAAUCUAAGGUGUAGAGAAUAUGAGCGUAAUGAGAAUAUCUUAAGAGAUCAAAUUUCUCAGUUGACUCGAGAGCUCAAUAAUGCCCGAGAACAGUUUGCCAUAUCAGAAUCUUUUUUGUUUCA